UCCGUUGACACGAACUAGCAGAGGCUCCCCCGACAUAACUGGGAAAUGGGGAAAAUGAGAUAAAAAGGAAUCAAAUCUAUGAACCCGACCUCUUUCAUUCUUUGAUUACUACUAUUUAUUGAUUCUUUCAAUCUCGACCCUUAGAUUCAAUAAAAACUGUUGAACUGUUUUUACUCUCCCCAACUACACUCAAAACCAAUUCUACUUUCUCAACCCAAUCUCUCUCUCUCUCUCUCCCUCUACCUGUUUGUUUCGCGAGAAAAAAAAUAAAAACAAAAACCUUCGGAAUCGACUAACAAGGAGAGCGAAUUCUCGAACUCGUUUCCGACUUCUUCGAUUUUGUCCGUACAACUGCUCCGCGGGACAAACGGCUGGGAAAAAAAUACCAUGCGUGCCCUAGCGUAGUUGUUGCAGUGCUGAGAAGCUUUUUUUUUCAGUGAGGGAGCUUCACUGCAAAUUGAAGUCAUGUGGACCAAUGUUUUCAAAAUUGGAAAUCUUAAUCAAAUAUCAUGGUUCCAGUUUCUUCCUCAUGAAGCAGAUUUGAACCCUCUACCUGAUAAAGGUGUGAAAGUAGAGCAAAAAGAUACCGCUACAUUGUUGGUGCUUUCAUCGCAUCUGCAGUUACAAAAGGAAGGAUUUCUCAGCACCUGGACCAAUUCCUUUGUGGGGCCCUGGGAUCCAUCUCAGGGUUUGCACAAUCCUGAUGAGAAAAUCAAGCUAUGGCUUUUUCUUCCUGGGCAUCAUUCAUCUGUUGUUGAAAACACUCAAGGUGCAGUCUCCAGAUUAAGAGUUGUUGCAUCUGGAAUUUGGUUGGCUCCUGGGGAUUCCGAAGAGGUUGCUGCUGCCCUUUCACAGGCUUUAAGGAAUCGUAUAGAAAGAUCACUGAUUGGACUUUCCUACAUGAGAUUUGGAGAUGUAUUUUCGAAGUAUUGUCCAUCUCAAAGCGAGGAAAUUUUGAGGAAAGGGCAACCUACGGUUGAGUUCAUCUUUGCUGCCACAGAAGAGGCAGUCUUUGUACAUGUUCUAGUAUCAGCAAAGCAUAUCAGGGCACUGUCAAGUGGUGAAGUUGAAAGAGUAUUAAACCGUUCGUCCAAUAAUUCCGGUUACAGACUUCCAGUGAUUGUUUCUCCUCAUGGAAUUCGUGGUAGGCUUACUGGAUGUUGUCCAAGUGAUCUUGUCAAACAAGUGUUUUUCAGUUCUGGCAGGUUUAAGACUUCAAAUGGAUUUAUAGGUCUACCACAUCAUGUUUCUCAAGGUUCUGGUUGCCAGAUGAGGGGCCAAAAUUGUUAUGUUGAAGUUACUCUUGGCUGCCCUAGAUCUGGAAGUGACAAUGCGUUGCAAUCAAACACCGUUUCCACGAGAAAUUUGCCCAAGAAUCAUGUUGCUGAAUCUCCUGCUGUUGGAAGAGGUGAUCAGAAGGGAUCACCGGAUCAAUUACCAGUAUAUGAGAAGACAUUCAUAUAUCCAGCUGAGGCAGUGCUUGUCCCAGUCUUGCAUACAUCAUUUGCCCGAUCUUCUCUGAAAAGAUUUUGGCUACAAAAUUGGAUAGGGCCUUCAUUACCUGGAUCAUCUUUCUUUAUGCACUGUGCUAGCAAUAUGGAUUUCAUGGAAGGAUCAACGGCUGAAAUCAAUGGAAUACACACCAGGCAUGGUUAUAAUAGUAGUAGCAAUAGUAACACCAGCAGUAUUGGCAGCAUAAGCAGCAGCUCCAGUGAGAGUGAUCACAAGAUGUCCGCAGGAGCCAGAGAACUUGAGGCAGAUGCUGAUUCUUUAACAUGUAGACAGUCUGGUUUAUCUUCUAAUGAUCAGUCGGAGAAUGAUUGCACAAAAAUGGGUUCGAAGCGUCCUCGAACUGGGAUGGGUGCAGCUACAAAUGCUCUUGUGCAAGAUGCAAGCAAGUCUGAUUUUAGUUCCAUGGACGUCAACAAUUCUGCCAUAACAGGAGUUGCAAAUGAGCAGAUUGUAUCUCAAUGGGAUUGGGAUGAUGAUGACAGAGGUAUGCCCAUGGAUAUCCAAGCUCUGCUUUCUGAGUUUGGAGAUUUUGGCGACUUCUUCGAAAAUGACACUUUGCCUUUCGGGGAGCCCCCAGGAACUGCAGAAUCACAGGCGCUUAUCUUUUCUGCACCAGAUUGCGGAGAUGUAGGUAGUAGUCCAGUUGGGAUGAUGGAUGUUUGUGAUCAGAUGCUAUUGCCUGGGAAUUUUCAAUCCUUUGAGAAUUUUGAUCCACCUCCUCCAGUAGCCCAAGAGGAGAGUCUCUGCAAAAAUCAUGAAGUCGCAAAUAACAGUCUGUCGUCAGGUCUGGUGAACCACACUGCAGCAUCUUCUACAGGUGAGUUUGAUCAUAUAAUAAAAGCUGAAGCACUGUUGACAUUUGCUUCUGAAUAUGGAGCUGUGGAGACCCCUACAAGUGAGUUGUCCUCAUCGAUUUUCAGAAGUCCAUAUUUUCCAAAAUCUCGAAAAGUUGAGAGUUCAAAUUCAAGUCCUAACAAUUACAUUUAUGGUGCAACACCACCCUAUUCUCCUUGCUAUGAUGGAUCUGAUGAGAAGACUAGCAUGGCCAUGAACUCAAAACCAUGUCCUAGCGACUCAAAAAAAUAUUACACUCAUGUUGAUGCAGGGAAAGAGCAACAUGAUAAAAGAUCAUUUUCAGGUAAUAAUAGUAUUCUUACAUCUGAGGGGGCGGCACCUUCUACAUUUUCUAAUCUCAAUUCUACAAAUGCUGUUAAAUCUUCCCUGAGGAAAGUGACUGAAGGCACCCUUGAAGUGGCACAUUUCCUUUUGUCUAUGAAGACAGUGCUUGCAACAGAAGUUGAAUGCAUUAUGUUCCAGGCCUCCAUGUGCAGGAUUAGGCACACACUAUUAGCUUCCAGUAGCCUUUCACCUAUUGGUUUUAGUAGAUUAACUGGAAGUACCGUUUUGAAUCACCUGCCUGGUGACCAGGGUACCAUGACAGAUGAUAUAUCUGGCAAAUAUGAGGUGAAAAAGAAAGAAUCUAUACCAGUUAGAAUAGCUGGUGAUUUUGAUGGGGGAGUGCUGGAUGGGCACCUGAAUGCACCUGUUGGUGUCUGGCGCUCUGUUGGAGUUCCUAAAGUUUCAAAGACCUCAAAUUCUCCAAGUAUGGAAGUUAGCGCUUCCUUGCCUCAUAAUUCAUUCCAUGAGGAAGGUAUCCUUUCUUUUGGGAAAAGGCAACCGCUUCUGGAGCUUCUUGAUGGAAUGGCAUUACUUGUCCAACAAGCUACUUCCUCUGUUGAUCUGGCCCUAGAUGGAGACUGUGGUGAUGGUCCUUAUGGUUGGCUUGCAUUACAAGAGCAGUGGAGGCGGGGGUUUUCUUGUGGGCCUUUUAUGGUUCAUGCAGGUUGUGGGGGGACACUGGCUUCAUGUCAUUCCCUAGACAUUGCUGGUGUGGAGUUAGUGGAUCCACUUUCUACUAAUGUUCAUGCUUCGUCUGCAAUUAGUUUGUUGCAGUCAGACAUAAAGACUGCCUUAAAAUCCGCCUUUAACACUUUGGAUGGGCCAUUAUCUGUCACUGAUUGGUGCAAAGGCCGCAAUCAAUCAGGUGAUGCUGGAAGUGCAGGUGAUGGAUUUUCUGCUGAUUCUUCUAUGAGUGAAUGUAGAGAUUCUUUGAGUACUGUAACACAUUCUGUUGCAGAGCCAAUAAGCCCAUCCCAGUCUUCUGCUGGUGGAUUAUCUGGCCUUAAAGUGUCUAGUGCCAUGGAUGGAGCUAAGGUGGAUGAGUCAUCCCAAAGGAGAUCUAACCAAGAAAUCUGUAAUUCAGAUUCAGAGCAGCAACUAUGCACCCGGCUAAGACCAACACUUUUCGUGCUUCCUUUGCCUGCUAUACUUGUUGGGUACCAGGAUGAUUGGCUUAAGACGUCCGCAAGCUCCCUACAAGUGUGGGAGAAGGCUCCUCUUGAACCAUAUGCUUUGCAGAAACCUAUUACUUACAGUGUUAUAUGUCCUGACAUUGAUCCACUUACUACUGCUGCUGCUGAUUUUUUCCAACAACUAGGAACUGUCUACGAGACAUGUAAACUGGGUAGUCAUUCACCACAAUGUUUGGGAAACCAAAUGGAAAUAGAUUCUGGAAAAGGGUCAUCUUCUGGUUUUGUUCUACUGGAUUGUCCUCAAUCAAUGAAGAUAGAAAGCAGUAAUGCAUCUCUUGUGGGCUCAAUAAGCGAUUAUUUUCUUUCCCUUUCAAAUGGUUGGGACUUGACGAGCUAUCUCAAGUCACUUUCAAAGGUUCUAAAAGGCUUGAAACUUGGUCCAUGCUUGUCCACAAAUCCAAAAGAAGGAAGCAGCGGUCCUUGUAUGGUAAUAUAUGUGGUGUGCCCUUUCCCUGAGCCUAUUGCAGUUCUACAAACUGUUAUUGAAUCUUCUGUUGCUGUUGGAUCAGUCAUUCUCCAAUCAGAUAGAGAGAAAAGAUUGAUAUCGCACAGUCAGGUUGGGAAGGCUUUAAGCUGCUCAGCAGCCGUGGAUGAAGCAACAAUAUCAAAUGUUCUAGUACUUUCGGGGUUUAGUAUUCCUAAAAUAGUACUGCAGAUUGUGACAGUUGAUGCCAUUUUUAGAGUUACUAGUCCAUCACUUCAUGAGCUUGUCAUUCUUAAAGAGACAGCCUUCACUGUUUACAACAAAGCUCGUAGAAUUUCGCGAGGAUCCUCUAAUGAUAUGGUCCAGUCAUCAUCAUUAUCUAGUAGAUCUUCCUCAGUCAUGACACAAAUGUCUUCUCCUAUUUCAGGGAUGUGGAAGGACUGUGUAGGUCCUCGAAUUACUGGGCAUUCCCUUCCAAGAGAGGGUGAAAUCGAUGCUAGCCUUAGGGCUGGUGCUUGGGAAAAUUCUUGGCAAACAACAAGGACUGGGGGGUUAAGUUGUGAGCCAAUUAGAACUGGAGAUUACUCCCUGCAAGAUGAAAUUCGUUACAUGUUUGAACCUCUUUUUAUUCUAGCAGAACCUGGUUCUGUGGAGCAUGGAGUUUCACCUGCAAUUUUUGGUAACAUAGUAUCAGAAUCUUCAAAGCCUGAUGAUAGUGUUGCAGGCUUUAUGCAGGGUUCAAGUUCAGCAGGAAGUGCAGAUGCUGGAUCAAGCUCUCAACUUGAUGGAUCUGAACCUGAUGGCUUUGGAUCUAGCCAUCAAAAGACUCCUCCAAGCCUGCAUUGUUGUUAUGGAUGGACAGAGGAUUGGCGUUGGCUAGUAUGCAUCUGGACAGAUUCAAGGGGAGAAUUGCUUGACAGCCAUGUAUUCCCCUUUGGUGGAAUCAGCAGCAGGCAGGACACAAAGGGUCUGCAAUGCCUUUUCAUUCAAGUUCUGCAGCAAGGCUGUCAGAUACUUCAGGCCUGCUCUUCUCCUGAUAUUGGUGUAGCCAAGCCUAGAGAUUUUGUGAUUGCACGCAUUGGAAGUUUCUUUGAACUUGAAUACCUAGAGUGGCAGAAAGCCAUUAAUUCAGUUGGGGGUUCUGAGGUGAAAAAAUGGCCUCUUCAACUGCGACGAUCUGUGCGUGAUGGAAUUCUUGCAAGCAGUAAUGGUGCAUCCUUACAGCAACAGGAAAUGAGUUUGAUUCAAGAGAGAAACCUACCUUCCUCACCUAGUCCUUUGUAUAGCCCUCACACCAAAGCUUCUGGAUUUAUAAAAGGUGGUUUAGGACAACCUGCAGCUAGAAAGCAGCUUAUGGGUGGCCAUACUGUGGUUGACAGCUCUAGAGGUUUGCUUCAGUGGGUGCAGAGUAUCAGUUUUGUUUCACUUUCAAUUGACCAUUCUUUACAUUUAGUUUUUCAAUCAGAUUCGUCAUCCCCUGGAGGUACUCAAGGUGGUAGUAGUAUGGGGCCAUCAGGCUAUCAUGAAGGGUUUUCCCCUGUAAAGUCUCUCGGUGCUACAUCUGCUUCAUACAUUUUGAUCCCAUCACCCAGCAUGCGCUUUCUCCCUCCAUCACCUCUUCAGCUCCCAACAUGCCUCACUGCUGAGUCACCUCCCCUGGCCCAUCUCCUUCACAGCAAGGGCUCUGCAAUUCCACUUUCCACUGGUUUUGUGGUUUCAAAAGCUGUACCUUCCAUGAGGAAAGACUAUAGAAGCAACUUGAAAGAAGAAUGGCCUUCUGUUCUUUCUGUCAGUCUUAUUGAUUAUUAUGGAGGCACUAAUAUUUUGCAAGACAAAAUUUUUCGAGGUGUCCACAAAGGUAGGAAUUUAAGCUCAGAGGCUAAAGAUUUUGAAAUUGAAACCCAUUUAGUUCUUGAGUCUGUUGCAGCAGAGCUUCAUGCGCUAUCAUGGAUGACUGUUAGCCCUGCAUACUUAGAGCGACGAACUGCAUUACCUUUCCACUGUGACAUGGUUUUAAGACUCAGAAGGCUUCUUCAUUUUGCUGAUAAAGAGAGCUCUCGGCAGCCAGAGAAGUCACAAGUGUAGGCUACAAUAGAAACUUGAAAAUGACUUUGGCUGGUUUAUUAGUGGGGAUUCUAUUGGAGGAUGAAUACCUGAAUUAGUGUUUAGGUUACUAAUAGUGGGCCUGGUGUUCUAUUCCAAUGUACAAUAUUUGUAACAUGUGAUCUGUAUAUGUAGUUUUAGUCCAAUGAUCCACAGUUUUGAAUUCUCAGAAAGCAAUUUAACAGUCUGGGUAGAAAUAGUUAGGUCUUACUCACCCAAAAAAAAAGAUAGGUGUAACGGUUGUAGCUUUUGACUGAAGAUUUUGAAUGUAUAUGAACGUUCUAGGACAGCUGAUAUUUCGGCUAGUUAAUGUGAUUUGUACAUUUCAAUUAGUACUUUGUUAAUUUGUGGUACUUUUUGAUACUCA